AUGAUUUCUGUGAGAGCGUUCGAUCACUUGCGACAGCAGUUCUGCGGUGAGGCUGUGCGUGUCGAUGAUGAUAACCCGAAGGCGGCUUCGAUAAGUGGUGAUGAGGAGGACAUUCAGAAGAAGGCGGCGUUGCAACUAAUCCACCAAAAAUCAAAGGACGACAACAGCUUGAUCGCAGUCAAUACCGAGAAUGAACUUCUUCGACUCCCAGCAGAACUCCAACUUAUGAUCCUACAGCAUCUCACAUUCGGCGAGGUCGAGUCUCUACGACGAACAUGUCGUCUCCUUCGAUACACAAUCAAUAAGCCUUUCAUCCGCGAAGUCUUCCCCAGCAUAAAACUCGAACUCCUCUCAACAUGCUUUCGCUGUCUUCGCUACGACGCCAUGGGAGAUCAUCUCAUCCAUGCCGAUGAGUCUGACGCGAGAUACCCUCUGGCCAACGAAUGUCUCGACUGUGUUUCUUCACGAGGCGGUUUUGUCGUGGGACGUCAACUUUCUCAUGGCAUGCUGGGUGUUUUGCUUGAGUAUGGCAUUUUUGGGCUUUGGAUACCGCCCCUUACGGGUGUUGUCAGGACCAUGGGGAAAGGAACUGAGGGAGUUCGAGCAGCAGACAUUGCAACAAUCUUUUUCAUUGCUUGCAACAUGUUAUUUCGUUUCAUCAACGUCCUUGGAAACACUCUCCUUGUCUCCGAAUACAAGCUCUGGCGCCGCUACAUGCCAAAUCAAUCAAAGCCAGCUCAGAUCCUCAACAAAGUCACUGCGUUUCUCAUCUUCUGGACGUACCCACCGAGUAUUGAGCAAAAGUUCCCGGGGAAAUGGUGGUUCUCUAGACAGAACACUCAGGUUUGA